AUGGGUGUUCGAUCGUUGUGGAAGAUUCUCAAGCCUUCUGCAGAAAGGGUUACACCAUCUGGAAUAAGACUUGCCGUGGACACGAGCAUCUGGAUAUGUCAGUAUGGCCACUUGAGGAGCGAUGACAUAGUAUACUUUUUUUCUAAAAGAAUUGCUAAGCUAUUGUACCAUGGAAUCAAGCCUAUUUUUGUCUUUGAUGGAAAAGCUCCAGAGAUAAAGCGCCAAGCUAUUCUAGAGAGGAGAAGGAGAAUCAGUAAGAAUUCGAUGGCAUCGAUAGACCGAAUGCUUAGAAACGAAGGAAAUAAGGAAAUUACACAUGAUGGGCAUAUGCUUGUUACACUUGGAGAGGGCAGGUAUAACUGGGGAGAUUUUUUUGAGUCUGACUCUGAUUCAUAUUUAUCUGGGUAUGAAACAAGCUCUAGUGAGGAUAUCCUUUCUGUUAAGCAAGAAGAUCAAGGCGAUAUCUUGGAGCCAAGUAUAAGCUUCGAUUUUGUAGAAUCCAAAGAUUUAUCUAGGACACAGAAGCUCAAGAGGCUGGUUGAUCUAAGGGGACGAAGAAAGGAAAUAAGGACAAGGUGCAAUUCUAAUGAUCCAGAUACUUUCUCGCGGCUACAGAUCAAGAAUCUAAGAACUCGGAAUCUUGUAAGCCACAACAUAAAAGUUCUAGAGAAGGAAGGAUACAAAAGAGUUCAUGGAGACUGCAGAUCUGUAUACAAGCUUACGAAAAAGCCAAGUGACAACACUAAUCCACCAACGAAGAAGGUUAAUGGAUCUACGGUGAAGGAAUCCUCUUCAAUGGUUGAAUCGUUUAUAGAUGUUAAUGAACCCGAACAAAGUAAUAGGAUAUAUGCAGGCGACAGUAUACCUCAGGAAUACUUGGAGUCCUAUCCAACUCUUAAAAGGUUGGUUGAUGAGUACAGAGCAGUGGAGGAUAAAUCCAAAGAAAGGGAUGGGGAUAUUGAAAGAACAGACACUGUUGAUACUUCGAAAGUGGCUUCCAUAAGUAGCUCAAAGGAAAGGAUGAUGGGAGGGUUCUUUAUUUUGGACAAUAGCCCUGGAUCUUUGUCUGAGGGAUACGUAGAGAACUACGAUAGGGUCACCAAGAGAGGAGUCCCCGAUGAGAUAUGUCAGGAAAGCCGUGACAUUUGUAGGGUACUAAGGAUCAUUAAGGAUGUUCUAGAUGUAUUUAACAUUUCAUAUGUGGAUGCGCCCACCGAGGCAGACUCGCAGUGCGGAUUUAUGUGCUAUAGAAACAUUGUUGAUGGAGUAAUAACCGAAGACAACGAUGUCUUGCUCUAUGGUGGAACUGUCUACAGAAACUUUUUCAGAAGAGAUAGGGAAAUAGAGAAAUACAGUCUGGAGAAGAUUGAAAAGGAUCUGAGGCUCGAUAGAAAGAACCUAAUAAGGCUUUCACAUAUGUUAGGAAGUGACUAUACACCAGGGGUUAAGGGGAUAGGGCCAGUUAAAGCUCUCGAAGCGGUUAGAAAAGGGUCUAUAGAAGAAGAAGAUGUAAAGGUACUAAUGGAAUUGUAUUUGAACCCUGUUGCCAUCGACGUAACGGAGAUUCUAGACCCCAUUGUAGAUAAAGAUAGAAUAAGGAAGUUCUAUGAGGUUAGCGGGUUGAGCCAGGGAAGAAUAGAGGGGAUAAUGGGGUUUCUAUUUCAUCUGAAGCUUGGAUGA